UAUCCCCACAACCGCUUCUCAUUAAUAAACUCUCCGUUUUCACAACCCCCUUGAUCAAAUCGUACUUUCUCUGUUCCAAAAAUGGCUAGAUUGUUUAUGUUGACCGGUCUCCUGAUGCUUGCAAUCUCACAAUCCUUCAUACAAGGCGUAAUCUCUUCAGCAACAUUCACAUUCACAAACAAAUGUGACCAAACAAUCUGGCCGGGAAUAUUAUCAAACGCCGGUAUCGCCCCUCUCCAACCCACCGGUUUCGCUUUAGAAACCGGCGAAUCUAAAGUACUCAACGCUCCGUCGUCAUGGGGCGGCCGUUUCUGGGGCCGCACCCACUGCUCCUCAGAUUCCACCGGCAAAUUCACCUGCGCCACCGGCGAUUGCGGCUCCGGCAAACUUGAAUGCGCCGGCGCCGGCGCCACCCCUCCCGCCACCCUAGCCGAAUUCACUCUCGACGGAGAUGGCGGCAUGGAUUUCUUCGACGUAAGUUUAGUGGACGGGUAUAAUUUACCGAUGUUGGUGGCUCCGACCGGUGGGACUGGCCGGAAUUGUACGUAUACUGGGUGUAUGGUGGAUUUGAACGGCGCGUGUCCGGCGGCAUUGAAGGUGGUGGGUGAAGGGGGUGAGGGGGUCGCGUGUAAGAGCGCGUGUGAGGCUUUUGGGGGUGAAGAGUAUUGUUGCAGCGGCGCGUAUGGUACACCGGAUGUUUGUAAGCCGUCGUCUUACUCGCAGGUGUUUAAAAGCGCGUGUCCACGCGCUUAUAGCUAUGCUUAUGAUGAUAAGACUAGUACGUUUACUUGUAACGGUGCUGAUUAUGUGGUUACGUUUUGCCCGCCGGUGACUACCAGUAAGAAAUCAACUGAAGAAGAGCAAACUCCGUCCAAGUUGAAACCAGAGUUUAAGGACGGUAUGGUAUAUGAAGGCGCGGAUGCGAUGGAAAACCACGGAGCUCCUCUAAGGCACACCUACAUUCAUGUGGUCAUCGCGGUUGUGGUUACAUUUAGGAGAUAUUUUGGAUUGCAUUAUUGAUUUGUACGGAGGAUAAUAGAAGCCAAUUUUUUUAUUUUAAGAUUUUUUUUUCUUA